CACAACUGAACGAUCACGACCCCACACAAUAGAGUUUGUAUAGGAUAUAUGGAAUCCAUUUGAAACUAAUCAUUGAUGGAGACAUAAUGAUUACUUAAAUGAGUUCAUUAUGUCAAUAUGUUUAGUUUCAACUUGGUUUACGUCACAAUAUGACAUCAGUGAGGUGAAACAUAGAUAAUUCAGUAAGCAUUAGAAAAAGGUUUUGCAUUCGUUUGGGAAUUGCCAAACUACAUCUCGAUCCUACGCUUCAAGAAUGGUGUUAAAAUCAUAUGGUUUAUUAGAUAUUAUUAUUGAAAUUUGUUGACGAGAUGCAUUUGGAGAAAGGCAGAGGUCAAAGGGUUCUGUAACACGUCCAUAGAUAAUUAUUAGUGAUUUAUGAUAAUUUCUGUGCCGUGUAUCAAAAACGUCCGCUUUACACAAGUUAGAUAGUGAUGAAACGAACAUUCUAUUCCUAAUUGCUACUUAUCCAACUUGGAGUCGAGAGAUUCAAUUUGACAAUUAAUGUAUGCGACAUAUUAAUUUAAUGAACCGAAUGUUGAAGUUGACUAACAAUCGUCGAUUAUAUGUGAACACGAUUUCGGCAAAAAUUUAUACUAACUCAGAGAUUCAUAUUGAUAUCAAUCAAUGUUGCAAUCAAAUGUAUAUAUGUGGACACAUUCUGUUCUGAAUUUGGUCUAUUAAUCCUCAUACGUCUACACAAUAACGGUGAAAUCGUUGUAGUAAAUUCCCCAUGGAAAAUACACAAAAUCAAACUCCUCUAUUCACCAAAGUCGAAUGGAUCCAAUUAAAUGGUAUUGUAGUAAACAAGUAUGACAUUGGAAAGGACGUUUAGGAAUUUACUGAACCACAUGGUACUCAGGCAUACAAACAUAAACACGAAUAAAGUUUACCACUUAUUUGUUACAUCAGAUGAAACAGUGAUAUGAUUAUGAUGCUUCCAUAACAAUUCUCUGAUUGGAAUUGUAUUCAAAAGUAAAUUCUGUUAGUUGGUACUAACGCUCUCUCAUUUUGAUCUUAGGAAUUUCAAGUCUUUAUGCAAUUAUCACCAUUCUUUCGUAUGCUUCUUAUAUACACGAUCGGUAUGUUUGGUGGAGGACUAAUUGUCCACCUCUACUAUGUACAACAUGAAGAGGAUUUGUAUACAGCAGCACUGUUUGCAGCCAAGUCACCGAAAUUGACAGCAAACGAUAAUACAUAUAAACAGUUGAGUAGGUUAGAUUUAACUUAAAAUGACUAUCAAUUUCUUUAUCGUGUUCCCUGAAAAUUACAGUUCUUUCGAACGACUCAAUACACGAACAUGCAUUACAACAUUUAGGUAAGUGUAUUGGUUUUGAUUUGAAGUGGGAAACCACAGUUGUUAUUAAUGGUUUCAAUGAUUAUUCUAAAAAUUGCUUUCAGUUGAAGCAAUACUCGAAAUAUCCAUCUAUGAUUCAGACUGUAGUUUCCGAAUUCUAGCUAAAUAUUAACGAACUGAGUCGUUAUAAAUGUGAAUCAUUUUUUCAGUCACCAGUGUCUUUACUAAGUAAGUAGGCGAGUUGAGUGGAUGGUUUGUCGUACAUCAAUCUUAUCCAUUUUCGAGAUAGUUCCCAUUUGUAGAAACGCAUUUGGCCUGUAUUACUUUCCACUGUUGAAAACAUUUAUGCACCUCUCUGAAUUCAGACCCUUCAGUCGUCUCAUCGUUUCACAUUUUACUCUGUCUAUCCUAAGUGACUCUGUUGGACCAAAUAAAUAGAGAACUUUCUCAAACUCAUACUCACAUAAUUCAUCCAGAAAGUGAAUUGGAAACGUAAAAGCUGGAAACAAUACACACUUUUGUGAAUUUUAUCAACAUAGGUAUUCGAUGAAAGUGUUAAGCUCUCAUCAUCGUUUUAGUAUUGACAGCCCUCACUGAGGUCUUUCAUCUAUUGGAAACAACUUGUUCCCUUCAGUUUUAGCUCCAUAAAGAACCCUCCACGUCUCAACAAUUUCCUCAAAGUCUUUCCUAUGUUUCACCGGAAACCUCAGGAAUUCACUUGACCUAUUUCUUAAUCAGCGAACGAAUACAGCAUAAAAAUGGCAUUGGUAUCAAAGAAACAAGAGAGAUUAUCGUGAUUACGAUCAACCAUUGUUAUUUAUUUACUAACUUCCCAUUCACAGUUGAAGACAUUUCACUGGUUUAGAAAUGAAAGCAGUUGGAUUAUCUGUAGACUGAUCAUCAUAAUUUACGUACUUUCACCAUAAUAUAGUCAGUCGUUUCUCUAUAAUUGAGUUGAAUGUACGGUGUGAAAAUAUCAGGAAUACGAAACUGGGUGCAUUUCUCACAGGUAGUGCUGUCAUAUCUUGUGUUCUGUCUAUUCAAAUAUGAAAAUUGAACAUUGUGGUGUCUACAAGAUUUCAAAGCUAUUUCCUAUGAAUAAAUAUUAGCCAAUGAGAGUGGUUGGCUAACACAGAGUACACGGUUAUCUAUUAUCCUCAUUAGUGUUAUCUCAAAUAAAAUGUAAACAGAAUGGAGUUCAGAAUCAAUCAAUUUCAUAAUGAAUGUUCCAUUGUUUAUUCAUGAAGUUGGAAUAUAGUAUUUAGUGAUCACCAAUAUUUUGAGGAAUAUUUAUGAUGUGAUGGCGUGUGUCUUCAAAUGAAACCGAAACAUGCUUGCUAACUACACAUGUUAGUACAGUGUGAUGAGGUUUAUUGGAAUUGACAUUAACCGAAAUACGACAUGGAAUCUAUACAGGAAUGAUUUUAGUGAUGGCAUUGAUGUAUAGACGUGGAAGAUAGAGAAUUCGAACUAGUGGAUCGUGUUCAACACAAAUUUCGUGAGCGCACCGUGAAAAUUUUGAUGAGUUAAUCAAGUGAGAAAUGUUUUGGGUGGGUGUGGAACCUUUGGCUGAAUACAUGUGCUAGCUGAUGGUUUUGCAAAUAUUCAUGGAGAAGAAGAACAAAUUGACUGCCUUACUCUGUGAUGAGUUGCAAUGUUGUGGUUACAUCUAGAGAGUGUGUUGAUUUAUGAAUUAAUGGAUUAGAAAUGUUUGAGAAAUUUCGGUUUUCCAGGAUUGAUGAUAUUUAUUACUUGUAAUGAAACAGUUUCAUAAUCAAAUGAUAUGGCAGAUGACACAGGAGAAAUGACAGUACCGACAGAGUAGUUCGAAUUUAAGAACUUCGGAAAAUGAUCCAUGUACAAUAUAAGUAAAAUCCCAAAAGUGGAAUAUCUGAUCGAUAGCUCAUAGAGUGGAAUGGACCUCAUUUGAAACAAGUUAGCUUGUGUCAUUCUCCAUACUGUUGAAAUUUUCAAUAAUUUACCCUCAUCUAGAUCCAGUAUUUCCAGCAUAUCUUCGAAAAUAUGAUGAGCUUCAAAUUGUUUCCUUAGAUUUGGUUGAGUUUUCAUUUUUUCGAUAUACGUUUUUACUUUUCUGACAGCCAGGAUUUGGAGGUCUAUGUCAUGUUUAUUGUGGUGGUUCAACUGUACCACCUAACUUCUGAUGAUGAGCUGUUCAAACACUGAGUCUUAGAGGUAGAGACAUGUUUAAAAUUUUCAUUAUUUCUUCUCUUCGUUUCAGCUUGGCCAAUCGGGUCACAAAUAUGUCAUCUCCAUUCUGAUAAAAAUUCAAGUAGAGUAUUCCGGGAGGAUGUCUUGUCUCGUCUAUACAUUUAAGUUCUUUUCGGAUUUCCAAUUCACUAGGUGUGUUGCUAUUGAGUGUGAAUCAAUGCACAACAUCUGUUUCACUAUGUUGAACUUGUGUUGAUCUGUGAAGUAACUAACUCUUUUCAUAAGUUGUGUAAGUGAACGGGUACCUUCGAAAUGUGGUUGGUAUAACACGAGAUUUGUAGAUUCAAGACUCUUACUAAGGAGUAUAUGUCAGCUCAUGUGAUACAGAUGCAUUAACUGCAUUUUCUCCCUACUGAAAAUUCAGUGAACAUUGUUUUAAUUGUUCUCAUUGUUUUAGUUAAGCUUCUUGACUACUCAGUCAGUCAGUCAAUUUCUCUGUUUAUGCGAAUUGACUUACUUUAUUCAGACAAACGGUGGCAGUUCGCAGUCUCGAAUGUCAAAUUAAUUUUCCUCGUCUUAGAGGAAGAAUUAGACGAAUCUACAUUGUUUCUAUUCUUGUAUACUUUCCUUCCUACCUGUAGCCGAGGCAACAUUGGCUAACGUAUUGGCUAAACAAGUACGUGUGUUCUGUUGGAUACUAACAAUGCCAGCGAAUCAUAAAUCAAAAGCUGUUCAUGUGAAAGCUACGUGGGCUGGUCGAUGUAAUAACUAUUUAUUCAUUAGUAGUGAAACUGAUUCGCAUCUUCCUUCAAUAGCUGUUAUCAAUGCUGAAGGUCGCAACUUAUUGUGGAAUAAAACAGCUGGAGCCAUAAAAUACAUGGCAAAACAUUAUGCCAAUGAUUACGAUUACUUCAUGAAGGCGGAUGAUGAUUCAUAUGUGAUUGUAGAGAAUCUGCGCAAAAUUUUACAUAAAGAAAAUCCCGAUAAACCAUUUAUCAUGGGCAGACGAUUCAAGGUGAGUUGUGCACCUCCAUAUCUAUGGAGUAGUCGAUUUUUGACAAGAAGAUUUAUUUGCGUGAUAAGAUAAUACAAUCAACCGAUAGUAUGUUAAAGUGACUGUGGUGGCCAAAUCAGUAAAAUGUCAAACAAAUUUAGGUGGGUUAGCGUUCUCCCAGAUGGGUAGUUCAAUAUUGAAGAUUUUGUGGUCUUUCUGGACAGCAUCUUGACAAAAUUCGUAGGGAAAUGGGAUGUUCGAAUUAACACACAUAUGCUUACUGAUUGCUGUUUGACCUGCUCCGAUUUACUUAAAACUCGAGUUUUGUUUGUAUUUUCUCUCCUCAAGAUUUCAACAUAUUCUCAAUCAAAUCCGUGUCUACAAUUGUCCACAUGCAUAGGUAUAAGCGAAGAUAACUCAUGGUGCUUCUCAGACACCUAAUGUUGUUGAUGAUGAAGAAGAAGGCAGCCACUCUGUCCAUCGUGAUUUUUAUUGCAGUUGAAGCAGUUCACUUUGCUAAGAUGUUUGUCUUCUCUCUUUUUGUUAUUUCCUCUUUAGGUUUGUUAGGAUAUUCUGUAAUGGUAGUAAUAGUAGCAACACUGUUAGUACCGAAUGUAAUCCAAGUUCCCAGAUCUAACUUGUGUGUGGUAUAAUAGUGAUGAAUGGAUCGGGACUGAACACAGAGAACACAGUCUACACACUUGAAUUAUAUUGAAUUCGGAAUUGUGUGGUUAGGUAUGUACAAAAUAAUUAGUAUUUGAUAAAAACACUCCAUCAUCCUGGUACUGAUCCAAGUGACUUUGGUGACACUUAUGUUAUAUCCGUUUGAAAAGGCUAUUUCCGGUUAAAUACCACGUUCAUCAAUGGAGUAAUCAUCAGUGUUCGGUCACAAUAAUUAACGAAGAUUAUAGUGAUUUUGAUUUACCUAACAGAUAGGAUAUGAUUGACCAAUGAUUAGAACUGAAUGUUGUGAUUACUCGGAUUACUUACCCAGCGUAUUAUUACUUAAGUGAGGAAUUAUUUCAUAAAUGUAAACAGAAUAUCUUCAUGAUAAUUGAAGUUCGGGGGAGGGGCGGGGAAUAUCAAAUCGUUUCAUGACAGGAACUGUCAAUAAUUCAAGUGAAUUUCUAAAGAUCAUAGUUUCAGGUUAAGAAAAGUUGUUCUACUAUCAGAGAGCAUCCAAAUAGUUCCCAGUGUUACCUUAAUUUGUAUAAGAAUUUGAGAGAUUCAAAUACUUGUUAUUACAAAUAAUGCGUCUAAAUUGUUACUUUCACUCUCCUUAAUCCAUGAUAUUCUUCUAUUUCCUUCACAUUCUUCUUCUUUGCAAAAUAGCCAUUUGUUAAACAAGGAUAUAUGUCCGGUGGUGGAGGAUAUGUGCUAUCUCGAGCUGGUCUUUUGAAUAUCGCUAAUGGUUUGGAAAAUAAUGCCGUUUGUCAAAGUAAUAAACAUGCAUUCGCUGAAGAUGUGAAACUUGGUAGGUAUACAUACUAAUUUUGCGUGUGACGUGAUUGUAUUAUGACUAUGCAACAACUGAUUUGAAUAAUAAUUGAUAUCGUUGAAUAUGACAUGGAAACGGCCUAAUGCAUUUGGAUUAGUCUGAACGGUUUGUGAAAUCCUGAAGACAUUAAAUUCGAUUUUUGGAUGAAGUCUAGGUGCUCAGUAUAGAGUAGCUUUAUAGUGGGACGCAACAGUUAUUUGCUUCCAGUUGGGUUUCCAUCGGUUGUCUUACACUAUGACAUCUAUAUCUAUUCUCAUUAUCAUUCUGACAAUUACAGUUGACACAAUAAUUGGAGUUGGUAGUACAUAGUUGAUAUGUAUUUAUCAACUAACAAUUCUGUUUUGUUCUACUAAUCACUGUAAGAUCCCAUGCAUUGCUUUUGCAUCUAUAAUUUGCACGAUGUAUAAGCGUAUGAUAAGUCGUGUUAAUUAAACGCUAUAUUCGGUUCCUAAGCUAUUCUCGUAACUCUCAAGCUAGAACUACACAGCGAUCUGAACACGAGAGAAAAGAAGCAAAACAAACGAGAAGUACUUUACUCAAGAGGUUUGUUUAUGUACAGAAAAUCCAGUGUUUUUAUAUUAUUUUAGAUAUUCUUGGGUUUCUGGAAAAUUCUGGAAUGCUACUGAACAUAGUAGCAGUAUGAGUAAUCAUCCAAUCAGAAACUCGACAUGUGACGUCUCACGUUCUAGAUGUUUCUGGCAAAACGUCUAGUGAACGCUGAUUGGAUAUGAUGCUUCUCAGUGUUUUCAGAGCCUUUCUUGGCUUAAUUUCGAGGAAUUUUCUGUAUCUCCUCAACGCCUCCCCUUUUUUCGAAAUAUAAUACUUUUUAUCUGGUCUACUUGCAGCUUGAUAACUGGUUUUCUGCGACGUUCGGAUUUUCUUAGUAUCCAGCGUCUAUGAGUGUCUGUUGAGGUUCUUGCCAUUGGAGCAUCUGUAAUUAUCUCUCCCAGAAGACUCACUCGACUAUAUACCGUGUUUAGUGUUCUGUUUUCUCUGUAUAUUUGAUCAAUGUGUCUAAUCCACGUUCCGAAAGUCCCAAGUACUUUGUAUAAAACAUUUCCUAUUCUCUUCUCAAUGACUCACGGUUGCCAACGAUUUUCCCCAAUGUAUGACUUGACGAGCACUUUAUCACCCACGUUAAAACUCCGGAUAUUCUGAUUUUAUCUGCGUCCAUCUAUUGGUUUAGGUGACAACAUGGCGUUGAAUAUAGUUCGGAUUCUUCUCCCAAACAUUGCUUCAGCAAGGGAAUUCCCAUCUGGAACAAUGGGGUUUGACGUAGUUCUAUAAUGUGCUAGGAAUUUCUUAAUUACCUGACUUCUACCUUUUGCCCUUAGCUUUCAGUAGUGCUCUUUUAAAUGUGUCCACGAAGUGCUCUACCUGUCCAUUUGAUUGAGGGUGAUAGAGUGGAGAGCGCAUAUGCACAAUUCCAUUAAUGUUGCAGAAGUGCUUGAGUGAUUCUGCAAUGGAUUGUGAGCCAUUAUCGGUCACUAAAGUCUCCGGAACUCCAAAGCAGCUAAACAGUUCGGAUCUGUGGCUAUUUUGUGAGUGUGUCCAUUAUGACUAGAAGAAUUCUCCCUCGUAUUGGGCCGGCAAGAACUGCGUGCAGCCUCUCUCAAGUACUUUUAAGUUUUUCCCAUUGUUGCGGUUCAUAUUUAUUUGGACUUCCAGCUGUUUGCAGGCACGACGAACAAUUGCAGCAUCUGGUUUCGAUAUCUUCAUCCAUUGUAGGCCAGUAAGCAUAGCUUCGAGCCAACGCUUUCAUCUUAUUGAUGCCGGUAUGACUGUAGCGGAAUUGUCUCAGAACCUUGUGGUGUAAUGUUUUUUGGAAUAACGAUUCUAUCACCAAACAUAAUUGCUCCAAUCCCUUAGUUUGAAGCAUCUGAUGCUACUACGAUGGGUAAGGAUGGAUCGUAAUGGGUGAGCAACAGAUCCUAGAAUAGUAUUUUCUUGACUUCCUCAAAAGCAGCUUGGCAAGUUGCGGACCGAUCCCAUUUUACAUUCUCCGUCAGAAGGUUAUUUAAGGAGGCACGUAAGUGAUGAAGGUUAGGAAUAAAAGUUCUAUAAUGACUAACUAGUCCCAAAAAGAAUCGUAGUGUGAGGACAUCCGUCGGUCCAGGCAUAAUUUUCACUGCCUAGGUAUUCUCUGGAUCUGGUCUUUUGUCAUCUUUGUCGAUUACAAAUCCAGGGAGGCGUACAUUUUGCAUGCAAUAGUUACAUUUCUCCACACGGAGUCAAAUUCCAUAUUCGACUAAUCGUGACAGCACCUGGUCGAGCUUCUUUUCCAAGUCUAUUCUAUCCACUCUCAUAAUUAUUACAUCAUCCAGAUGAGCUGCAACACCUGGAACAUCCUGUAGCAUAUUAUCCAUUGGUUGCUGAAAUAUGGAUGUGGAAGUCUUGACUCCGAAGGGUAGUCGAUUAUGCCGGAAUAGACCCUUGUGUGUGUUUUCGGUGAGCAGAUUUUUACACUCAUUAGCAAAAGGAAUUUGAAAAUACGCUUCUGAUAAGUCCAACUUUGCAGAGAGCUUACCUCCAUUCAGUUUAGCAAAAAGAUCUUCAGGUAGGGGUAAGGGAUACUGAUGAGUUUCUAGGGCUUUAUUUCGCCCAGUUGAGUAAUCGCCAUAUAAACAGACGCUGCCAGUAGUUUUCUUUACUACCAAUAUUCUGAGAAAUUCACUUGUUCAAUGACACCGAAUUUCUGAAGUCGUUGUGGCUCUUGUUCAUCCAGUGGGAAGGCAGCAUAUGGUACAGGUCUCUUAGGUCAAAACACUGGUUUUGAUUCAUUUCGAAGAGUAAGAGCAGCUUUAAAUUUACUACAUUCUUCAAGACCAUCACUAAAUACCAUUUUAUGUCGUUUUAAUAAUGCUUUCACUGAGUUUUUCUCUUCAACUUUCGACGUACUGACGUUGUUACAGAUUGAGUUUAUGGGACGGUUUUAAAACUUCAACAUUUCUAUCCAGUCAAGCCCCAAUAAAUCGAGUGGUGGUCGUUCUGUCAAAAAUAUUACUCCCUUCUCCGUAAACUCUUUGACUGUGACUUCGCAAUGAAUCUCACAAAAAUGUUUAGAAUUCCCCGGAUGCACUUUGUGCUGGUUGAUGAAUUGAAUAUAUUCGCGGUCUCCCAAUAUUUUUCUCCCACGUUCUCCUGCUUAUAAGUGUUAUAUCGGAGACUGUGUCUAACUGUAAGUGGGCAUCAUACCCACUAAUCUUGAGACAAACAUACUUUCUACGGUUAUGUGAGCUGGCUUUGUGAAAAGCCACCGUUACUUUAGCUGUUCGUGGCUUGAAUCUUUUAGAGCACACUGUCUGUUAACGGCGUUUCCAGGUUUUGCAAUGACUUACUUUGUGCCCUUUUCUAGAACACAUAGUACAUCGAUGAUUUCUAGAAGGACAAAACCUUUUAGAACGCCAAACGCCACAUAACCAGUGUGAGGAUGAUGGUUUGUUGCUGUCAUUACCAUAAUUCUGCGUGCUGGUACCUUGUAAAACGUUUCUCUCGACUGCAUUGACGUGAAGGAACUUCUAGUGAACAGUGAUUGGAUUAAAUGCUACUUAGUGUUUCCUGAGCAUUUCCUGGCUUUUACGAGUUUUCUGGACCACCCAAAAAGCGUAGAACCUGAUUAGAACUUACUGGAAAGACUAUUAUUCGUUGACUUCAUUUUAUGUGUUUUGACAUACUGCAAAUUCGAGAACAAUAAAAGAAACAAUUCAAUGCUAAUCUUAUUCGAUACAUCUUCUUUUCCCUCCAUUGAUUACAGGAUCUUGUGCUGAAGCUACAAAUGUUUCAGUAAUUGAUAGUCUAGAUGCAGAAGGACGUGAAUGCUUUCAUCCGUUCUCUCCAUCACAUAUGCUUACAAAAGACACAAACGGCUACCCAGAAUGGUACCUAAAGUACAAUUACCACAGAAUAGAUACAGUGAGUUUUACUAAUAAACAUAUCUACACUUAAAUAUGCUAUCCACGGAAAGGGUUAUGGUUGGCGAAAAUGUAACAAGAGUUUCAGCAUCAAUUAUGUACAGGAUAAUUUCCAAUGCUCACUCAAGUCUAUAUUAAACUAUACAAAUGAGUGAGAAUCAGACAAAACACUAGUUUCUGAAAGCAAUGAUUAUUCUUCUUCCCCUACCAUACAUAACAUUAUCACACAUUAUGUCAUGAAUGCUACUGAAUACUUCAGAUACUAAAAUGAUAUUAUGAUAAUUCAAAUUUCAACGUUGUCCCCAUUAUAUAUAUAUGUUUUAGAUGGAUUUAUCUGAGUAGUAUUAUGUAACACAGAAGGUAGACGAGUAGAUGGAUAACGUAUUGUAACGUACUGUUUGGUGGUGACAACAGAAACCAAACGAAGAAAUAACAGAAGUCGAGAAUAAUGAGUGUAAUAUCGUUAAAGAUCACUUUUUGAAAAAUUCCCUACACUCUCACUAAUUUGUAACAGAGAUGGUCUGAUAACUGAUUCACUGAGGUUUGAGAUGGCGACAUUGAAGUUUGGCACGAAAUUUCACGUCACAAAUAUUAGUUAACAGUUACGUAAAUGAGUAGUGUUAAAGAAGAUACAUUUAUGUGGUGCUUGUGGAAGGAGGUUGAGUAAAUUAAACACAUUAAUAAUAUAACUCUGAAGUAAAAACAACAGUUUUAAAAGAAAACAUCGCGACAUGCUUUUGGAGCUCAAUGCUAACUGUGUUUGUUGUAACGCUAUCACAAUCAAGCAUAUACUAGAUGAGAGGUGCACAUGUAGCGUAGAAAUGUUUAGAGAGGGUUGCUCGUGAUUGUAAGAUUAUUGUCGCAUAAUCAUGUUCUGCUGACCUAUUUAUUAUUCAGUGUGCAGUUACUCAACAAACUUUGCUGACCUCACAUUGUAACUGUAUCUCCCCACAUUAUUGUUAUAUUAUUGUUAUUAUUAUCGUCAUCAUCAUUACAUUGACUUUUAUUCUCCCCAUUUGAUUGAAAUCAGGGAUUCGAUUGUUGCAGUGAUUAUGCUGUCUCAUUUCAUUAUAUUAGACCUGAAGAGAUGUAUCUCUAUGAAUAUAUGCUGUAUCAUCUACAUCCUUAUGGGAUACAUCGAGAUUAUAUGGAUUUAAUGAAUUAUUUACAACAGAAUAGAAUUUCCUGAUACAAUAUCACUAUUAUUAUUAUUAUUACUAUUACUGAGGUAUUCCUUUCAACCGCCUUGUAUUUCUCUCACAAAAAUGUAAACAACACAGUGAACGUGUUUGCUGGAAAUUCAUCAUGGUUGUGCAAACUGUUUAUAUGUUGUCCAUCAUGCACUCGUAGUUCUGUCUUCCAAUUGCUAUUUCUCUCUCUCUCUCACACACACAGAUACAAAGACGCAAAAGAUUCUUUGAUUUUUGAAAUAACCCUUCCUUCCUCUCUUUCGUUCACUUUCUCAGACAUUCACCUCGUUUACACGUCACUGUAAAAUACCUAUGAUUGAUAUUAUUAGUAUUUCUGUCUUCCCUCAACCUCCAAGUACAUAUCAAUCGGUAAACCGAUCAAUCCACUAAUUAUUGUAUAGACAACAGACAAAGAAAUUCCAAGACGAGACAUGCUCAAUAAAUAAGUUAAUGAAAAAUCAACUGAACUCCACCCAUUACAAAUAUUGUAUUACUAUUAUCGUUAUUGUUAUUAUUAUUAUUAUAAAUCUUCCUCAUAGCUUGUCUAUGUAGACUUGUUUUAUUUACUAAAUAAUUGUUUGUAUUGUGAAAUCUAUUUGUUUCUAUUUUUAUUGUUUUUUUAUUUCUUUCCAAAUAUUGGUGAUCAGUAGAAUAACAUUUUCAAUAUUAUCAGUUGAGAUGAGAAACGUUUUUCAAACUUUCGUGUGUUUCUACCUGUUUGUUUUACAUUUGCAUAUGGAACUUCACCCGGCAUUGACCAGUAGCAAGAAGGUAUGCUGCUGUGAAAUGUCAUAUGUAUGUAAUUUUUGUAUGAAGAAAGUUCCAUCCUUUUUUUCAACUGUGCAUAUUCAAAGGGAUAAAAACAGAACACAUACAUGGAAGUUUAUAGACACGUAAUGGAAUAAAAGAUGGAGUUUGUUCUUUCACUAAAUUCAAGUGUUUUUAGUGGCCCGUGGAUCUGACUCCAUUUAGAUUGUAAGAAUGUUUGUUAUCACCUAUCCUCGUAUACAAUCAUCAACUUAAAUCACGUUAGUCAAUAACGGAAUUUAGAUAAGUCAAUUAACGAGAAUGACCUUUGAAUACAUAUAUUUUGUAUGUAAAGUGAAUGCAAUAGAACAAAGCAAAAUGACGCGCAGGGGAGAUAGCUGGUAAGCAAACUCAUUUUUAGCCAGGCGUUACUCAAUAUUUAUAGGCAGACAAAAUAAACUACAAACAUGGGAUAUGAAGUGUACACAAAUAUGCGCUCAUAUAAAAAAACAGUCAAGAUUGAUAAGCGAAUAAUUGACAAGGUCAAAAUAUGACUCAAGUAGAAUGAAUAGAUUGGGCUGUCCGAAAGUUAGAAUAAAGUAUAUGGGCUUAACAUGAUGACUGACACUACAUGUUCAUCUAUUGCCUAUUUCCGCAUAUUGAAAUCUAUCAGUU